UGGCAAUCUCCCUACUCAUCUCUGGUAUCGCUUAAAACCGGAGCAUUGUGCAUCUCCCCACUCAUCUCUGUUUUCAGUAACUACAUAAUAUUCUACCAUUAAAAUUGGGGGGCGGCCGUAUCCCAGUGGAUAGGGUAGCGGAUUCACGACCGAAAGGUUGGAGGUUCGCGCCCAGCUUCCAGCGGCAUUCACCAAUGGGUUUUCAUAUGAAAACUUAAAAUAAGGCCCGUCUCGCAAGGUACAUCGCCAUCUAGUGUCGAACUUUCAAUCCUUGAUUAUUAGGACCAGUUACUGGCACAUGUCCCCCAUUGGGGAUAUAGCCGUAAGGAAAGGAAGGAAGGACCAUUAAAAUUGUUCAAUGGUUAAUCAAAUUUCUGUGCAACAGGCAAAGUAUAAACUGUUAACUGAUGUACGACAAAUUUCCGUCAAUUUCAGACCACGUUCAAAACUACAGGCAUUGUGUUUUAUUCUAAUCAUUCUUAUAUUCCUGCUACUUUUUACUAUAUACACUUCGAUCGGAAUACUGCCAUUGAAAUCCUCAAAUACAAGUAAUUUCCACAAAGAGGAUGAUGCCAAGAUUUCUACGUGGAUACGUCGAACUUGGUUAUAUGCCGAGUCGACGAAGAAGAACCAGAAUGCGGAAAAGAGCACAAUCUUCGACCAAGCUGAACAGCCUCGCAAAAAGUCAUUAGGCAAAAUCAUCGCCUGCUACUUUACAAUACCGAGAAACCUGAACACGUCGGGGGAGCUCAGUCCGUCACAGCUUGACCCUAAUCUUUGUACGCAUAUUAUCGUGGGUUUUGCGAGCGUGGUGAACUGUACUCUUAGUUUGGGAGAAAAUAUUUCAAUGUAUAGGGAAGUUGUAAACUUGAAGAUUCGUAAGCCCAAACUGAAAAUCAUGGUUAGUGUAGGUGGGACCAAUGAGCUCUAUUCUGGUUUUCCAGAAAUGGUUGAAACUCAUACUAACAGGAAGAAAUUUAUUAAUUCUGUCCUAAAUGUUACAAAAAACUUAAAUUUGGAUGGAUUAGAUAUAGAUUGGGAGUUCCCAGCAUGGCCAGAUAGUAAAACACGUCAAAAAAUACAUUUUGUGCAACUUUUACAGGAAUUGCAAAAGGUAUUUGAUCGUACGUCACCAAAUCUAAUUCUGUCUGUUGCAUUAGGUGCACCACCAGCAAUUAUUGCUCAAAGUUAUAAUGUUCCGCAACUAGCUCAGCACGUUGAUUUCGUUAAUCUGAUGACUUACGAUUACCAUUUUUUCGUCUGGUAUUUUCCUAUUACUGGUUUAAACGCACCUUUAUAUCCGCGAUCACCGGAGAUAGGGUAUUUGUCAACUCUAAAUGUAAAUUAUUCUGCAUACUAUCUCCUUUCUAAGGGAAUGCCACGUGAAAAAAUUGUCAUUGGCAUUCCAACUUAUGGGCAUUCCUAUAAGCUGGAUAACUCGUUGAAUCAUGAAGUGGGAUCCCCAGCAAAAAGUUUUGGCACUUCUGGAAGUGCUGGCUUUGUCCCAUAUUCAACAACCUGCAAGUUCUUACAUUCUGGAGCAGAGACUAUUUUCGAACACGAGAGUCGGGUUCCAUAUACUUAUAAAAAUGACGAGUGGAUUUCAUACGACGAUAUUUUAAGUGUAAAAUAUAAGAUCGAAUGGAUUCUUAAGAGCGGUUUUAAAGGGGCAAUGAUAUUUUCUUUAAAUACAGAUGACUGGUACGGUUCUUGUGCCGACAACACAACAUUUCCUCUAACUCGUAUAACGUCUAGUAUUCUAAAGCAUUCUUGAAACUUUCAAAGGAUUUUAAAUACAUUUAAAAGAUUGCACGAAGAAAAAAUUAAUGGUGCACUAUACUUAAAUCAUUCUAACCAAGCUUAUACAUUUAUCGGUAUUUACAUAUAUCAAGGUAGUGAUGUUAAUUUUAACAUUUAUAGCAAAAUAUGUCUGUAUGGUGUAUGGUGUAUGCUGUAUAUAAUAUGCUGUAUGGUGUAUCCCGUUGCUCUUUCGACUAUUGACCAAUUGCACUAUUGAACUCAUAAAUAGAUUUAAAAAAUUAUUAGCAGAAAUAUUGAUAAAUGUUACCACGCAAAUAUGAAAAAUAUGUUUCUUUUUGUUUAUUCCUUAACAUUUAACAUGCAAUACCAUUACAUUAUAGACGAUAUACGUUCUAAAAUAUGUGUAUGCAAAUCUCUAGAAAAUUUUAUACACUGGUCUUGCAGCUCUUGUUUUAUCAUACAGACAUAUGUAUAGUAAAUACAAGGUAAUUCACGGCAAACGCACCAACUGAAAUUGGCCGUCAAUGUGUUAAAUCUUAGCUAGUGAAAUAUGAUCUACCAUUAAAAUACUAAGCGUAUCUGCUUUCUGCGGAAUGGGUGGGUAUGAUACUGACGAAUGGGAGCGACGUCUAAGGUGUAGAUUGAUGAGAUUGAAGAUUUAAAUAUAAUACGAGGGUUAACUUACAGUGGUUGGUAUUGAUGAUCUUGCAAAGUAAGAGUCUUGCUACAUACCUCGCGCGGACAUGUGGUAUGAGCGCAUGGCCUGUUACUCAGCGCUUUAAGGCUUGCAUGAGGCAGUCGUAAAGUUCGAUGUGCCGAAAAUAAUUUGCUUAAGUAGAUCCACUUUGGGAUAUAACAAGUGGAUGAUUUCAUGAAUAAGAGCAGGGUGGUAUCAUUAAAGAAAUGAAAGUUAACGUCA